AUGGAGGUUUCGGUGUUUCGCGGCUCUCAGGCGACCGUCGGGAAGGCCGAGUUGGCGCGAACGGAGCUCGGGUUCUGUAAAUUGAAUGGUAAUUUGAAGACCAACAUCUGUUUUGGUCAAAGCAUGACCUGGAAAAACGCCCGGCUUCAGCUUACUGUGAGGGCCGUACAAUCUGAAGCGGUUCGGUCCGAUAAAGUUUCGGGUCCUGCCAGAAGAUGCAAACAGAAUGAUGGAGUAAGAUUAUUUGUUGGGCUACCCCUAGAUACAGUUUCAGACUGCAAUGCGGUGAACCAUGCUAGAGCAAUUGCAGCUGGGUUGAAGGCUCUGAAGCUAUUGGGGGUGGAAGGAGUAGAGCUCCCAGUCUGGUGGGGAACGGUUGAGAAAGAAGCCAUGGGGAAAUAUGAAUGGUCAGGCUACCUUGCUGUUGCAGAGAUGGUUCAGAAAGCCGGUCUCAAGCUUCAUGUGUCACUCUGCUUCCAUGCAUCUAAACAACCAAAGAUCUCACUCCCUGAGUGGGUAUCUCGCCUUGGUGAGUCCCAACCUAGUAUCUUCCUUAAAGAUCGGUCAGGGCAGCAAUACAAGGAGUGCUUAUCAUUGGCUGUCGAUGAACUUCCUGUUCUCAAUGGAAAGACUCCAAUCCAAGUUUACCAUGACUUCUGUGAAAGCUUUAAAUCUUCAUUCGCGCCUUUCCUGGGUUCCACAAUAACGGGCAUCUCAAUGAGCCUAGGACCCAAUGGUGAGCUUCGAUAUCCUUCUCAUCGCCGACUAGUCAAAAAUAAAAUUCCUGGAGUUGGAGAGUUCCAAUGUUAUGAUGAAAGCAUGCUUAGCAAUCUUAAACAACAUGCUGAAGCCACCGGAAAUCCCUUGUGGGGUCUUGGCGGUCCUCAUGAUGUUCCAAACUAUGACCAGUCACCGAACUCUAGCAACUUCUUCAAGGACCAUGGGGGAUCAUGGGAGUCUCCUUAUGGUGACUUUUUCCUUUCCUGGUACUCAAACCAGCUCAUAUCUCAUGGAGAUCGUCUCCUGUCCCUUGCCUCUUCAACUUUCACAGACGCGGAAGUGACAAUUUAUGGCAAAGUCCCACUAAUUCACUCUUGGUACAAAACAAGGUCCCACGCUUCUGAGCUAACAUCUGGCUUCUACAAUACAUCCUCUAGAGAUGGUUAUGAAGCAGUUGCCCAGAUGUUCGCAAGGAAUUCGUGCAAAAUUAUAUUGCCUGGAAUGGACUUAUCAGACGAACGUCAGCCACAGGACUCCCUUUCAAGUCCUGAGUUAUUACUAUCACAAAUUACAACAGCUUGCAGAAAGCAUGGGGUUGAGAUUGCUGGGCAAAACUCAUCCGUUUCAGGAGGUCAUGGGGGCUUUCAACAGAUAAAGAAGAAUUUGAUGGGAGAGAAUGUAAUGGACCUGUUCACUUAUCAGAGAAUGGGAGCUGAUUUCUUCUCACCAGAACAUUUUCCUUUAUUUUCGAAGUUCGUUUGGACCCUCAAUCAACCGGCACUGCAGUCAGAUGAUCUACCCAUCGAAGAAGAAGUUGUUGAGUCUGUACGUUCGAAUUCAGAAUCAGUCACCCACAUGCAAGCUGCGUAG